AUGAAGAUCUACGCCUUGCUCUUCUUCGUAGUUCUAGCAAUCAACCUCGAGGCUGUCUUUGGCCAUGUGCUGAGAAGACGCAUUGGUGGAAGUGUCUCAAUAUUUGAUAGAGAAGAUAAGGACGAUGACCGCUACUCCUCCUAUGGUGGGCUCGACGAUGACCGCUACGGCUUCUAUGGUGGGCGAAACGGAUACGGCGACGAUGAUGAUGAUGUCUACGGUGAAGGAUAUGAUACCCACCACCGCCACGAUCACCAUCACUACAACUAUGGCAACCCCUAUGGCGGUUACCUCCGCAGAAGGACCAGCGCACCACCGUCACCACCAAAACCCCAGAAGGGCGCAGUUACAGUACCAAAACUCAACCUGCCAAAAAGCUCAUACUCUCUUUCGCAGGUUGAGUAG